AUGACAGACUCUGAAAACAAAACCUUUCAAGGACUUAAGCGGUCAAGGUCAGCACAAUGUGCGCAACUGACGAAACUGUAUAAGGAGUUGGAGCAAUACAUGAUUUCUCAUGAUAAUGAUGAUCUUGUUGAAAACUUGUAUGUGAAACUGUGCGACAAAUUCAACGCUUUCAAGAACAUACAUUUAGAGUGCCUAGACUUAUGUGACGAACCCGCCGAUUGUGAAAAUCUAGAACAAUCCUAUGAGUGUUAUCAUAAUAAUUUCACAGAGUUUCAGGAAAGAUAUGAACAAUGGAAGUCAUCGAACCAGUAUAAUGAAAAUGACGAAAUUUGUAGCAAUGCGUCAUCAACGUGUAAAACGAAACUUGCGAGUUCCAAAGCUAAACGUUUGAUUGCUGAGCAAAAGUUAAAUUCUCUUAGAAAAAAACACGAGCUUGAACUGGCGCGCAGAGAAAUAGAAAUUAAACAGCAAGAACUUGAAUAUCGGUGUGAAUUAGAGCAAGCGCGUAUUGAAGAAUCGGUCUGGCACGAGGCAUUGGAGGAAGAAACUGGUGAGCACGUGCAAGAUUCGUCAUAUGUGAAGCAGACGACAGUAAAUGAUUUCACUUCCGGCCAUGAACAGUCGGAUAAGAACAUAAGAAGUGCACACGACGACUGUGUAAUUAUAAAUACACCUAACAACACUCAUUUGGUAACGGAGCAACGUAAGAAUGGAUCAAUGAAUCAGAACGCGCAUCCAUCUGAGAAUGUAGUCACGAGCGUUUUGAGAAAUACAGACACUAACGUUUGUAGAAAACCUACUGGGUGCAAUGUAACAGAAUGCAAAUCUAGACACCACUUUCUUUUACAUAAGUGGGUAGAUAGUAAAUCUGAUCACACAGAUCAACAAUUUGUCGUAAAUUGCGCAACUAAAAGCGGAUCUUAUGUGAAGAACUGUUUAGGUAUAAUACCUGUACUUAUUAGAGGUAAAAGUGGGACGUACUGCAAGACUUAUGCUCUGCUUGACGAGGGAGCUGACCAAACAUUAUGUGAUGAACGCUUGUUGAAAACGCUGAACCUACCCUCCAAACCUGUGACGUUCAAGAUGUCUACAGCAAGCUCUUCCGGUAUUAUUGUUGAAGGACAGGAAGUUGAGCUGCACGUGCAACCGGCGUCAGGUGGUAACGACGUUACGUUGAGAAAAGUUUGGUCAGUAAAAUCUCUUCCAGUAUCAACUAGAUCUGCUGCGAGAAACGCUGACAUCCGAGAUCUACCAUAUUUAUCUAAGAUAGAAAUCCCUGAAAUCGACUCUAGCUCUGUGAUGCUUCUUACUGGAACAGAUGCACCACAGGCACAUAUACCAUUAGAAGUGCGUUCAGGCCGCCAUGAUCAACCCUACGCCAUUAAAACUCAACUAGGCUGGGCAGUGCGUGGACCUGUAACAGACACUACAACACAGAAAUCAGCUAAUGUAAAUUUUCAGCAGUCAGCUGAUGUAUUAUUACAACAACAACUUGAGAAUAUGUGGACUACGGACUUUGAUGACAAAGCGAAAGUAGAAAGAAAUUCAAUGUCUCUAGAAGACAAGAAAGCUUUAAACGCUAUGAACUCUUCGUUGAGAUAUGAAAAUGGACAUUACAAACUGAAAUUACCAUGGCGUGACGAGAAAGCAGUAAUGCCUAACAACUUGACUCUUGCGCAUGCGCGACUCGAACAUUUGAAGAGGAAGUUAGCACGAGAUCAAGAGCUGCAUAAAAUGUACACAGUCUCAGUAACUGACUAUAUCCAGAAAGGACAUGCACAGGAAGUAACACACUUUGAAUCUGAUAGUAACCGCGUGUGGUACUUACCCCAUCAUCCUGUGACGAAUCCUAAUAAGCCCGGAAAAGUGAGAGUUGUAUUUGACUGUGCCGCCAAAUACAAAGGAAUUUCCCUAAAUAGUCAACUUCUACAGGGACCCGACUUUAUGAACAGCUUGGUUGGCGUUUUAAUCAGAUUUCGUCAAGAGCCCGUUGCUAUAGCAGCCGACAUCGAGGCUAUGUUUCAUCAGGUCCGUGUCGAAGAUUUAGAUUGUGAUGCCCUACGGUUUCUAUGGUGGCCUGAAGGGGACAUGACUCAACAACCUAGAUGCUAUAAGAUGCUGGUACACCUAUUUGGCGCGACCUCAUCCCCAAGUUGCACAGCAUAUGCAUUAAUACGAACAGCGUCGGAUAAUGCACAUAUGUAUAAACCAGAGGUAGUCAACACCGUUAAAAGGAACUUUUACGUUGACGACUGCUUAAAAUCAGUUUCUUCUGAUGAGAAAGCAAUCGAGUUAGCCGCAGACUUACAGUCAUUGUUAAGGAGAGGAGGAUUUCGUCUGACGAAAUGGCUCAGCAAUAAGAGAGACGUCGUUGAAUCUAUCCCAGAGUCAGAACGAGCGCCAUCUAUAAUGAAUCUUAGCAAGAGCGACAGUUUGCCAGUAGAUCGUGCCCUCGGUGUUCAGUGGAAUGUAGAGAAAGAUGAACUCAAAUUUAAAGUGAAAGUAAGUGAAAAGCCAAUAACAAGACGCGGCAUCCUUUCCAUCGUCAGUUCCAUAUUUGAUCCCCUUGGACUGGUAGCACCAGUAACUCUACGUGCAAAGGCUAUAGUACAAAACCUAUGUAGACAGAAGCUUUCAUGGGACGAUCCUAUCCCUGAAAAAGAUACGUACGAGUGGAAACAAUGGUUAGAUACUCUUCCAUAUUUAGAAGCUGUCUCUGUGAGAAGAUGUUUUAAACCACAGGGCUUUGGAACAUUAGAGAAUGCCCAGCUACAUGUAUUCUGCGACGGUUCUCAACUUGGUUACGGCGCAUGCGUGUACUUGAGAUUAAAAGAUGAAAAGAACCUGAUUUCAUGCUCUCUGGUUGCUGGAAAAUCACGACUAGCACCAAUAAAACAGACAUCUAUUCCAAGACUUGAACUUUCAGGAGCAGUUGUCGCUUCCCGGCUUUAUACGCUAGUAGCAGACGAACUAGAAAUAAACAUUGACAGUGUGACAUUCUGGACAGAUUCUAUGAUUGUCCUUGGAUAUAUUAAAAACGAAAACCGGAGAUUCAAAACCUUUGUUGGAAAUAGGAUAAGUGAAAUUCAUGAUGUGACGUCACGAGACCAAUGGAGACACGUAGAUACGGCUUCCAAUCCAGCAGACGUCGCUUCUAGAGGAAUGCAUGCCAGUGAUUUUAAGACAAUGAAAUUUUGGAUGCAUGGACCUGAAUUCCUUCAAAAAGAUGAAAGCCAUUGGCCAAGCCACCUAACUAAACCUGAAUUAGACGACGACGACACUGAGCUGAAAAAAGAGGUUGUCGUCAACACAACUAGUGCAGUUGAAACCAUUCAAAGUAUAAUAGAUAGAUACUCCAGUUGGACGAGGCUGAGAAGGGCCGUUGCUUGGUUACUAAGAUAUAAGGCAUACUGCAGACGUAAACACUUAAACCACACCUUGGGACUGAGUGAAGGUGACUUGAGCACCAAUGAACUCAACAUGGCGGAACAUACCAUAUUAGCGUUGGUUCAACGUACGUCGUUUACCGAUGAGAGAAUAUGUCUACAAAAUGGGAAUUCUGUAAGAAAAGACAGUUGUUUAGCAUCUUUGAACCCGAUUAUACACCAUGACCUGAUCAGAGUACAAGGACGCUUACAAUGCGAAUAUCCAAGCAAAUAUCCAGUCGUACUACCUAGCAAACACCAUGUAACAAAACUAAUAAUAAAACAUAUCCACGAACAUAAUGGUCACGUUGGAAAAGAGCAUGUACUUUCUAUGUCACGUGAGAAAUAUUGGAUUCUACACGGACCUAGCGCAGUGAAGAGUAUUUUGAGAGGUUGCAUCCCAUGCAGACGACAACAUAAACCGUUAAUGACCCAACAGAUGGCGCCCUUGCUAGACGAGCAGACGACACCGGAUAUGCCACCAUUUUCCCAUAUUGGAAUCGAUUAUUUCGGACCAUUUAUUGUGAAGACAGCUCGUGCACGAGAAAAGCGUUAUGGUUGUAUUUUCACGUGCCUAACGUCGCGUGCGGUACAUUUUGAAAUUGCUCACAGUCUAUCUACUGAUUCCUUCAUAUCUGCCUUUCAACGCUUUCAAAGUCGACGUGGACGCCCACGGAAAGUCUUCAGUGAUAAUGGAACCAAUCUUGUUGGAGGUGAAACUGAACUACGAAAAUCAUUGCAGCUAUGGAACCAGUCCAAACUCAGUGGAUUUUUUGCUCAGAACGACAUUGAAUGGCAUUUCAACCCUCCGAACGCAAGCCAUAUGGGAGGAGCAUGGGAACGUUUAAUUCGUUCUACUAGAGUUAUAUUGAAAUCUCUCGUCCGAGAACAACUACUUAACGACGAGCAGCUGCUUACAUUUAUGGCUGAAACUGAGAAAAUACUAAAUGACAGACCUUUGACACCCGUUAGCAGUGAUCCCAGAGACCCACCAGCAUUAACGCCGAGUAUGCUACUGCUAAUGAAAUCAAACCAGUGCUUACCUAUUGGUAUCUUUAAGAAGCAAGAUAUAUACGCAAAACGGUGGUGGAGACAAGUGCAGUAUCUCGCAGAUGUAUUUUGGAAACGAUGGUUGAGAGAAUACUUACCACUACUUCAGAAACGUCAGAAAUGGCAACGUAAAACUGUAAACCUGAAGAAAGAUGAUGUAGUUCUUGUUGCCGUUGACAACGUUCCCAGAGGACAGUGGCCACUAGCCCGAGUGGUUGACGUGAAUCUUAGUAGAGAUGGCCUAGUUAGAAGCUGUGUGAUCAGAACUAAAUCAGCCAUUCUUAUGCUUUCUUGGGGCAGAGGAGAAGGAAGAGGAGGAGGAGUGAAGGAAGAGGAGUAUGAGGAGUGGAGGAGGUGGAGGAGGAGGCGCGGAGGAGGAAGAGAUUGA